CCGCAUCGCGGAGGUGUUGAGGGAGAAGGGCAUCCACCGCACCGGGGACCAGUGCCGGGAGAAGAUCAAGAAGAUGAAGCUGGAGUACCGCCGGAUCAAAGACAACAGCAAGGCGCCCCGGGGGGGGCGGACGUGGAAGUUUUAUGAGGUGAUGGACCGGGUGCUGAACAGCCGCCCGGCCCUGCCCUACGGCCCCCUGAGCAGCAGCGUGAUGGCCCAGCAGGUGCUGCAGGGCGGCAUGGUGGACGGCUAUCACCAGUUCGCCUCGUCCGCCCUGCCCUUCGGACACUCCCAGCACCCUGAACUGAUGGAAAUCAAAUGUGAGGAGGUGAACUCUGAGCGCUGCUUGACCCCAGAGCCCCCAGCAUCUAUGUCUUACCAGCAGGGCACCCCUGAAGAACAUGAGAUGGAGAGAGCCUUCUUGGAGAGGGCCCAGAACGACUCUCCCAUCUCCAGGGUGGAGAUUCCCAUUGAAACCAGUGUUUCACCUUCAGGUUUCAGUGAGCCCAACAUGGCAAACUCAUCGCGGAUCCAGAAUGUGGUGCCUCGGCCUGGCUUCUCCGCCUUGCAUCGUCUGAGGAAAAAGCGGAAAGGCCAGCGAGUGAAAGACCCGCUUGAUGAUCUCUUGCUGAAGACCCUGACAUCUCAGCGGGCCAUGGAAGAGCGCUUUUUGCAGAUGGAAGAACGACGGUUUCAGCGAGAUUUGGACGCGGAGGAGCGCCGGAUGCAGCUGGAGCAGCGACGUUUUGAGCUGGAGCGGGAGCAUGAGUUUCGCAUGUUCAGUGUUUUCGCUCAGAUGCUCAGCAUCUUAAAGCAGAGCCACAACGGCUCUUCCUCUUCCCUUGCAAUGCCUCGGGGUUUGGACUUCAACCAAAUACUGUCUGAAAUUGCCGGCAUGGCAGGAGUAGGUGGCGACCUACAAGAGGCUAGAGCCGUGCAGCCAGGUCGGCCCCUUGCUGAGAGGAGGAUUGACUUGCGCGGUUUCUGCAGCCCCGGCGAGUUCCAGAGGAGCCCCUACCUCUCUGCUCGAGGCAAUGUUGCCAAUGUUUUUCGGGGCUCCACAGAGGAAGGAUACAAAGCUUAUCAUGCUGAUAAGUAUGAUGAAGACAAGAACCCCAAUGGUAUAAUUAAUUUUGGCACCAGUGAGAAUAAACUCUGCUUUGACCUGAUGUCUAAACGGCUGACACAGACUGAUAUGAAUCUCAUGGAGCCGCCACUGCUUCAGUAUCCUGAUUGGAAGGGACAUAUGUUUUUACGGGAGGAAGUGGCUCGAUUUUUGACCUAUUACUGCAAGGCCCCUGCACCUCUUAAGGCAGAAAAUGUGAUUGUGUUGAAUGGUUGUGGCUCUCUGUUUUCUGCGUUAGCUACAGUCCUGUGUGAUCCAGGGGAAGCUGUUCUGAUUGCCACUCCUUUUUACGGUGGUAUUACCCAGAGUGUGUUUCUAUAUGGCAACGUCAAACUGGUGUAUGCCUAUUUAGACAGUAAGAUCACUGGAACAAGCACUCGGCCCUUUCAACUUACAGUGGACAAACUGGAAAAGGCCUUACAGGAUGCCCGGGCAGAGGGUGUCACUGUAAGGGCUUUAAUUCUUCUGAAUCCCCAAAAUCCCCUAGGGGACAUCUACUCCCUGUCAGAGCUACAGGAUUACCUGGAAUUUGCUAAAAGACAUGAAUUGCAUGUGAUAGUAGAUGAGAUCUACAUGCUGUCAGUAUUUGACGAAUCAGCCACAUUUCACAGUGUCCUAGGCAUGGACAGAUUGCCUGAUCCACAGAGGACUCAUGUGAUGUGGGGAAUAACCAAGGAUUUUGCUGUCUCUGGGAUUCGCUUUGGUACUUUAUAUACAGAGAACCAAGAUGUUGCUAAUGCAGUGGCUUCUUUGUGUUAUUUUCAUGGGGUUUGUGGACCUGUCCAGCACAAGGUUGCACAGCUGCUUAGAGACAGAGACUGGAUCAACCAGGUGUACCUGAGGGCCAACCAUGCCCGCCUAAAAGCUGCCCAUACGUAUGUAACAGAUGAGCUGAAGACACUUGGGGUCCCUUUUCUCAACCGCAGUGCAGGCUUCUUUGUCUGGAUUGAUUUCCGAAAGUACCUUAGGACAGGAACGUUUGAGGAGGAGAUGCUACUCUGGAGGCGUUUUCUUGAUAACAAGGUCCUGCUAUCCUGUGGUAAAGCCUUUGAAUGCAGUGAACCUGGCUGGUUCCGCAUUAUCUUUGCUGACAAAACACAUCGACUACAGUUAGGUAUGCAGCGAAUCCGCAAAGUUUUGGAAGAGCAGGAGCAGGAAAUCUUGGCUGAGGCAAAGGAACAACCUUGUCAAUCAGAUCAGGAUGGCAAAGCAGAUAGCACAGAUGAAGUCAUUUUUGUAUCCCGCCACCAGGAGCCUACCUGUGCUGGUAGCUCCAACCUUGGUGACCUUAUUGGUCUCCUGCAGCAACAAAUGCGUUCAUCUGACUGGCUACAGAAAAAUACAGCAGAGCAAUUUGCACAGGAAAAGCCAGAGAUCUAUGAUGUAUUCAGCAAACUGGUGGAGAAACAGUAGGGAUCAGUGGCCCUUCGAACGGAUUUGCUGAGCAGUGACUGACCCUGAGCCCUUAACAGCUCAGCAUUGACUUCCAGCAAAUAAUACAUUUUCUGUAUAGCAAGAAAAUUACUUUGUAAAACCCAUCCUCUAGCCUCUGUUUGAGAUCUCUAAUUUGUAUUAUAUAGAUGCUUUCCUUGGAUUGGGCUGAGGGUAUGGAAUGGUGGGGGUCUUUUUUGCCUGCUACCCCCUGUCUUGCUGCAUCAUUGUAUUUUGUAUUUCAUUUCUAAUGAAUAUGCUCUUAACUCUCUUAUAAGGUCCUGUGGUGUCAUUUUUUUAUGCUGCUUCUUAAUUUCACUCUUCCCAGAAAGAGACACUUGAGACUGUUAAAAUGUUUUAUGGUUUUCUUUUCCUGAAUGAUGAGCAAAAGUAAUUUAUUAUUUCAGUGCCAGAAAUGACAUGACUGCUUUCCCAUAGAGAUGUUUUUGAUAGCUAAAAUCCAGUGUCAGCACUGGCUUAGCCCCAGCUAAAGGUAAAUAAGCAUGUAUACAUAUUCAAAUGUAUGGGUGAGACUCCUAGAAGUCUGAUUGUUUUAUCUGAGUUCUAUAAAGCUUUUCAUAUUGAGAUCACUGGUUUCUGUUCUGAUCUCA